AUGGAUGAAAGGAAGAAAUUAUUGUUUUUAAUUAAUUUUGCGAUGUUUAUUUUUUUAUCUUGGAUAGGAAACUUCACAAAUGAAAAUUACAAAGCUGUUAAAAAAUUAGAUACAAGAAUUUAUCGAUUACUAACAAAAUAUAGGAAAAACAUAAAUUCAUGUAUGUUAGGAUUAAGAGAAGUGAUACCAUAUAAUGUAGAGAACGAAAAAACAAAUAUAUGUAAUAAUGUGAAGAGAGACAUAUCAAAAAAUAGUAAAUCAAAUGGAUGUUCUUUAAAAAAUGAGGAAAGUCAUAAACUAGAUAAAAAAAGUAAAUCUUGUAUUUUUGAAACAAAAAAAUAUUCCCGUCUGGAAAAAAAAAUAUUCAAAGAACUUGAUUAUGAGAAUUUUCUUAAAAAUAAUAGGACAAUUAGUGAUAAAUUAUAUAAGAGAAUAGUAGUUAAAAAAUACGGACUACGAUUACUCCUACCUUUCUUACUCUUUUUCUUAUUAUUAUUAUCACUAAUAUUAGACUAUUCUGGUGGUACAGGACUUUUAAGUGGAUUGCGUGAGGUAUUGAAUACCUUCGCCCCAAGUUUUUGGAGAACGUUAGGACCAAAAUUGAGUAUACUUUUAGGGGAAUCUUGGUCGAAAACGUUAAAACCGCUUUUCGAAGCGUCAGUAUGGAAGGACAGUCAGUGGAAAAAGGAAAUCUAUGUAUCGUCCAAUUUAUUUGGUUUUAUAAUAUAUUUCAUACCUUUCAUUAUAUUAGGUGUCACACUUAUAACAGGAGUUAUUUACUAUCAUAAAAAAGUUAAAAAAUUUGAAAAAAUUAAGUUUAGGAAGAAAUAUAAUGCAUAG